AUGGAUCCUCUCAGCAUCACUGCGAGCAUCAUUGCUAUUCUGCAGCUCACGAGCAAGGUGAUCGAGUAUCUAGGUGAUGUCAAAGAUGCCCCCAAAGAGCGUGCCCGUCUGGUCACCGAAGCCUCACACAUUAACGGCCUCUUGUUGGAUUUGGCGUCCCAUCUCGCUGAAGGACACUUAAAAGAACUCUGGUACAAUACGAUCAAGUCGCUAGCUGCUCCAAAUGGCGCACUUGAUCAGUAUAAGGCCGAUCUGGAAAAAUUUCAGCGUAAGGUUGUUGCCAGCGGAGCAGGGAAGGUCAUGCAUUCACUCGUUUGGAAAUUCAACAAAGCAGAAGUCGAUGGCAUGCUCUCAAGGAUGGAACGGCUGAAAAGCCUCAUCCUGAUUGCCCUGGGGAUGGACCACCAGUAA